AUGGCCAAUAUAUACGACUUACCGAAUGAGAUAUUGUUAAUCGUCGUCUCUCUCCUUGAUAUAUCCGAUAUCCUAUCGCUUAGACAGACCUGCAGUCCAAUUCAUGCAGCCAUACAAGACAAAUCUGUUUGGAUUUCUCUUUUACAAGAACAACAGCACCAAAUCCCCUUCGUGGCGUCCCUCCGCGAACCCCACUCAUCCUAUAUCCUUGGUCUCGAUCCAUCUGUUCUCCAAUCUGAAGUACUUACUGCGCGUCGUAUCGACCGGCUAUGGUUAGGAAAUAGACGCAGAUCUCCCACCAAAUUGCAGCACAGCGGAAACGUUCAGCUCAUAGGGCUAAACGUGUUCCUAGACAGGUGGCUUCUUGCCGUGUACGGUGAAGGCAUGCACCUAUGGGAUCUGGACCUGCCCUGUGGUGGAUUUCCGGGCUUUCGAUGCGCGAGCUUGAAGCUAAGUAAAUCAGGAUUCGCGUCCUAUACGGCAGCGUUGGAUAUCCCGAAUGACAGGAUAUUGAUUGUGCUCAAGAAGCAUUCGUUUACAAGUCCUUUUGUGACACUCUUGUAUGACAUAUCUCUGGUGUCGCCCUAUGGAUUUCGUCUCGUGCAUGGUAUUGGGUCAAACCCUCUGUACUCGCCACGUCAUAUCGAUCCGGUACAUAACGUUGUAUUGUCUUCACAUGCCUGUUCUAUAGAACUACUGGACUGGACGAAGGAGGAGAACCCACCCGUCCUGAUUCCAACCGAAGGCGAGAAUAUGGAAGAGUUGUACACGGCUAUCCAUGACGUUCGUCUCUUUGGAUCGUAUGUGAUUGUGUUCAAAACACGUUCAAUCGAAUUGCAUCCUUUGCCAAAUGAUCUAGUACGAAGCGGGUCCCCGGCAAUCAUGCAUACCCCUCGUAUACUGAAGCACAAGUUCUCCAAAACGUUCCGUAGCUACGUUAUUUCAGAGAUUCCCGACCAUGAACUCCCAGACGUUCUUACACUGGACUUUGUCGCUUCAGACGUCAUCCACGGCCUUUUUCAUUACACUGCACACAUCACGAGUGUGCCGACUCUCGAAGUGAACCUGACUGGCCUGAACUCCCUCUCAAACCUCAUAUACAGACAAGCGUAUAUGAUGCCGUUCGCGCGCCAAGACGCGGAUCCUGUACGCACGCCAUUCUAUAUACAGGAAUCUAGUGUUUUCGAGAGCUCCCCAGCACCGGAAGCUUGGGCUACUCUUGAGAACGGGAUAAGUGGAUACAUCAGUGCGUACUGUAUGGGACCGCAGGCGAUGAGAGCGGCCUGGAUAGAGCGGAGUCGUGGUAGCAUGCUCAGGGAGAUCGUGCUAGCCCGGUUGCGGCGCCCGGGUAGAAUUCAGGAUCUGGGAGAGGUCAUGAGGAUCGAGGCGCGUGUUGUGCAUGAUGAAAGAUCUUACGAUUUACGAGGUUCGGCAUUUUCAUUUGCCUUCAGGAAUAAGCUAAGCGAUCGUAAAGAGGACUUCACGCACUGUGCGUUGGGAGAGGCUACGGGGCGCAUUGUGUUGGGUAAUAGAGCAGGGGACCUGUUCUUAUUGGACGUAGACAAGUAG